AUGAGCGGAUUGUUCGAAGAUCUCAGCAAUUUCAACGAGGACAUCAGCACAUGGAAUGUGGCCGGUGUGAUGGACAUGAGCCAAAUGUUCAAGGGUGCUCGGUCCUUCGAUCAGCCAAUUGGCAGCUGGCAGACAUCAUCAGUGACUACAAUGGCGCACAUGUUUGACGGUGCAGCUGCCUUCAAUCAUGAGAUUUUCUCGUGGGAUGUUUCGAAUGUGCAGACCAUGAGCCACAUGUUCCAUGGAGCUGUUGCAUUUAAUCAGCCACUUGAAUCCUGGGACACGUCCCGCGUUUCAGACAUGACGGCGCUGUUCUCAAAUGCCGAAUCCUUCAACCAGCCAGUUGGCUCUUGGAUUACAGGUGCCGUUAUCCGAAUGAGUGGCAUGUUUCAGAACACAGGCAUCUUCAAUCAACCGCUCAGCACAUGGGAUAUGUCGGCGGUGUCCGAUGUGAGCAGCAUGUUCCAAAAUGCAGCAAGCUUCAACCACCCUGUCGGAGCGUGGGAUACAGCUGUUGUGACCAACAUGCGCGGCAUGUUCUCCGGAGCUGCAGUGUUCGAUCAGCCUAUCGGCAUGUGGGACACCUCGUCCGUCAAAGACAUGUCUUUCAUGUUCUCAGAAGCCACCUCCUUUAAUCAGCCGAUCGAAAACUGGACCACUGUUUAUGUGACGAACAUGACCGGCAUGUUCUUUGGGGCAUCAGUGUUCAACAGCUCCCUUCAACUGUGGAAUACAUCAUCUGUGAGGAGCAUGGCCCACAUGUUUCAGGAGGCGUCGGCAUUCAAUCAGCCGAUCGGCUCGUGGGAUACCUCGUCUGUGGCCGACAUGAGCUACAUGUUUGAUGGGGCGGUCGCUUUCAAUCAACCUAUCUUCACCUGGAAUGUUUCAGCAGUCCUUGACACGACUCUCAUGUUCUCUGAUGCAGUGUCCUUCAACCAGCCCCUGAGGUCAUGGCGUUUGCCUGUCCCGGCGAGCCACGACAUGUUUCGCGGCGCCGAUGCCUUCAAGAGGCCGCCUUGCCCGGGGGGCUUUUCCCCGGCUAUCAAUGGACUAGGCUGCGAGCCUUGUCCUGUGGGGCAGUUCGCUCUCCCUGGAGGCCGGUGUGAGACCUGCCAGCAAGGCUUCGUGCCGACGAGCGACUCAGAGGGCUGCCAGAAAUGCGCGGAUGGGAGCAUCUCCGUGUUUGGUGUCUGUGAGGAGUGUGUUUUCCCAUUCGUCAUUGUGAAUGAUGUUUGCGAAUUAUGGCCCCUGCCCACGGUGUUCGCGGCCGCGGCACUGGCGCUUCUUGCGUUGUGGGUCUGCAUUUCCAACUACAAAGCCCGGACAGAAGCAGAGAUCAAACAUGCUUUGGAUGUAGCCUACCGCGACCUCUGGGACGAGCAUCCUGAGAUCGAGAAACACGCGGCCAUUCUCCAGUUCCUUGGGAUGAAGCGCAUGCAGGUACAGCAGAAGUUGGCCGAGAUGCAGGCGCAGCAAAGCUUGCUUGCAGGGGUUGGGCUGCACUAUCUUCUCUCGGAGGACUUCGCCAGCGUGGCAAGGGAGCGCACCAAGAAGCAGGACCCCAGCUUCAACGACAUGAAGGAUGCAUUCUGGAUGUGCGAUGAGCCGCUUGGCCACGACGUCCGGUGCCCUAGAGAUGGACGGAUGGGCUGUGCUCUGGUUGACUGGAUCCCCAGAUCUGGACGACAGGAGCAAUCCCACUUUAUGUCCUGGACAUGGCGCUACCGCUUGUCCGAGGUGCAGAGUGCCCUACAGAUCUUUCAAAGGAAUGUUGAGGAAAGCAGGGUAUUCUUCUACAUGUGCUUCUUCGUCAAUAAUCAGUUCAGGAUCAUAUUGGAGUCUACCGGGAUGGAUGCCGAGGAUUUGCAAGCUGUCUUUGAGAGCAACCUGAAGCGCAUUGGCCGGGUGGUGGCCAUCCUUGACACAUGGGACAAACCAAUGUAUUUAACGAGAAUUUGGACUGUCUACGAACAAUUUAUGGCCACCAAGUUGGAAGUGCCCGUAACUUUCGUCAUGCCCGACACAGCCAUGCAUUCCGCUCAAGAGCAGAUGUUGCAAGGUGAAGUGGGUAUGAGGCGCAUCACCGAGGCCCUCUGCAAUGCAGAUUCUGAGAAUGCAGAAGCGUGGUUGAAAGAGGAUGAAAUUAAAGUCAAAGGACUCAUUCGCAACAGUGUCGGCUUCGAGCACGUCAACACGCAUGUGACGCAAGUGAUGGUCCAAUGGCAGAAUCAAGUCGACACGAUUGGCGAUCUUUUGUGCCAAGCGAACUACAAGGAUCAUGCGGCAAAUUGUGGAGGGACCGUUGGCUUGCUGCAAACUCCGUGGGGUAACUCGGAGGUGGGCAUGACCAGGGGUAUCAAACAGGGUGCAGUCGAGUCUCCUGUUUUCUUCGGGUACAUCGCUGAGUUGGUGCUCUCUGAUGCCGCUGGUGUGCACGGUUGGCGCAGCAUGACCCCCCUUUACGAGGACCUGGCACCGGAAGAGAUGUUGUACAUGGAUGAUGGGAUGUUGUGGAAUGGCAAGUUGUCAGUGAUCCAAACCCGUGCACAACAGCUCUCCACCGAAUUUGCCAGGUAUGGACUCAAAAUGAACCCCAGGAAAUGCCAGCUCUACGCCUCGCCUAAGGUGGAAGGGGAACAUUACAUCGUCUUGGAUGGGACCAGAGUGGAGGCAUCCCCUACUCUGGAAGUGAUGGGUCUUAGUCUCAGGGUCGGGGUCUCUCUGUGCGAGCUCAUCACACCUGCUUUGACGAGGGCUAGGUUCUCCAAGGCCCAGGAUGAAAGUUGGGAUUCAGGCAAAGGGCUUUUCGGGGGGCGAGAUCGGCUCUUCAUGCAGCUGGCCUUGAGCGUUCGAGCACGGUAUGGCUCCGACUCGCGGGACCUUCUCGAUUACGCGACCCGGGACAGCGGCAGGGAGACGACGAACCUGGGUGAGCUUCGCUCCAGUGCUAGCUCCAGUCAGGUGGGGGUGAGAGCGCAAGAGCCGGUGGAACAGCCGGGAUGGCUCCAGACGGCCCUGUCGCAGCUGGGUGACAUCCGACAAGGUGGGGGUGGACUUGAGCCUCUGUGGUUGGCAGUUCUCAGAAGAGUGGAGCAGCGGGGUAACGACCACUAUGCUCGUUGGAGCCGUUUAUACCUCCGACCUAUCCGAGCGGAGUUCUCGAACCGACUGCAAUGGGAGAGGUAUACAUCGAGCCUGACUGAGGGCGAGAUCGAAUGGGCCUCUCGGGUUGAACUCGCGACUUUUCAGGAUUACAACAGUGCUGCAGGCACACGAGUGCAACAGGGUGAAGGUGGGAUAUCAAGACUCCCCACGCAUGACCAGGUGUUGGCGGACAUGAUGACCCCGGUGGAUGCGAACUACCCCUUCGGUCUGAUGCAUGCUGGUUGGGUGAACUCAGCUACGGGACAAUGGGGCCCUCGAGGCACUGAGGAUCCUGCAAGUGUGUUGGAGGAGCGAGCAGAAGACGGGGAAGAAACAGUCCUCUUCCAGACAGGCACGUGGAGAGAACGGCGUUGGGAGGACUUGCUGGAGCAAUUUCAACAAUGGUUCGAAGAGGGACGAGAGGUAGGCAUCGCAGUUCGGAUGGUGCAUACUUUGACCCACUCACGAGGCAAUCCUCGCUAUGCCAGAUGGGCAUCCAGACCUAUCUACAGCCUGGGGGUUGGGUAUCCCAACUCUCAAUGGGGCGAGACCUCUACUACUCCUCCUGACUUCUUCGAUUGGGCCAAUGAGAUUGAGACCUUGCUCUACGAUGGGUGUAACAGGGAAUGGAGGGAAAUGGGUUUGCCGGCGGAUGACCAGGGUGACACCACUAGCCUCAUGCACAGGCGGCCCACUGAGGAGUUCAUGCCGCCUCGACCGCGACGAGCACGACCGUAUCCGCGGACGAACACGACUGCGGAGGAAUCCGCAGGAACCCCCGAUGCCCACAACAUUGUCAUCGAGGAGCGAUCGAUGUUUGGCGACGUCCUCUUCGACCCCUCUCGCUUUGGGCCGGAGUUGCAAGGAAACAGUGUUGUGCCAGACCACUUUCUUCCGGAAGCCACAUUGAGGAGAAUUCGCACUGUUCACCAGCAGAUGUCGCACCACAACCGUAUGCUGUCCACAAUUGCUCUGGUUACCAUGAUGAGAUAUCUCAUGUGUGAUUUGUCCCAGACUGUGGAGCUGGCAGAUGGAACAGUGAGGAUCAGGGAUGGAGACCGUGCGGGAGCAGAGCCGGAACCAGACGAAGAGUUGCUCAUGCAGCAGUUUAUGGUCUCGCGAGGCAAAGACACUGCUGACAGGAGAUGGACCCGUGCGAUGAUACGGCUCCAAAAGGAACUCAUGGGACAGCAGAAGGCUGCUAGACUUACUCAUGCACGGCUACUUCGCAUGGGGCUACCUUCGGGGGACCUCCACUGGGGCUCGCAAUUGGAGGCUCUGCUCAUUGCCACCUUGGAAGAGGAUGAGCAGGUUGAAGGGUCGGCCCAGACGGACCCCGAAUGGCUGUCUAGUUGGGUUCGUGAACUGGGGGACUUCAUACCAGGGUUUCAGCAGGUGACGGAACCAGUGGAGAUCGAGUCGCAGGACCGGGGGCAAGGGCAGAACACCGAGAAGGGCGCACCUGAUUCAACAUUUGGUGAGGACAUCACUGAUAGGGAGAUUGAACAGCUUGCCAGGGACCCAGACGAGGAACGUGACCGUCAACAGCAGCUGAAAGCAGAGGAGGCGAUGGAGCAAAAAAGGGUGGAGGAGCAUGAAGCCUUGUGUGAGCAAGAGCUCGCAUAUCUUCGCUCUGAGGCUGAGGAAUACCACCGAUGGGAAGGGCAGCAACUUCGUAGUGCCUUGCGAGGGGACUCCUCCCCGCCUGGGAAGAGGAGGUGCAUGAUCUCGAUUGAGGCUGCGUCUAGCUCGGGAGAUCGUCCUCGCAUCCAUCAUACUUUGGCCCUCGCGGUUCCUGAGAAUGGCAGUGACCUGGUUAUUACCGUUAGGGCCAACAUGCAGCCGAUUCCCGAGGAAGUACCCACGGAGGUGAUACCUGUACCUGAUGGCAAGGAGGAACUGGAUGUGGGUAACCAGAUGCUGCAGGAAAUUUACCGCUUGUGGGAAGCGGGCAGCCUGUCAUUGGUGGAAAUUCGUCGGCGGUUCGGGAACGAGGUGGUGGAGAUGCUGCAGGCACAGAAAGCAGUCUCGGAGGAGGCCGACCUCUCGCUUCUUCGGGAGCAAGCACAACAGGAGGCCAGGGACACUAUGCUCGAUGCCGCGUCUCCCGGACCAGAGGCACCACCACCUGUGAGCAUCGACCACGGGCACACGGAGCUGGGUAGAGUUGGGUCGCCCAAGGUCUCCUUUGCCUUCUUCGAGAACAUCUAUGGUCAGUGGAAGGAUGGCCUGUGGACGAAUGCAGCUAUCCAGGCCCGGUAUGGUGAAGACUGGGUGAGGCUCUUCCAACAAUGGAAGAUCUGGGGGUUGGAAGGGAUCUGGCAUCUGCUGGGUCUGGUCCUGGACAUGUCGCAGAAUGCAGAGCCCUCAGAGCAGAACCUCAUUGUGGAUACCGAUCAACUACGACCUCCUCUUCGGGUGCCGUUCGUGGUGGUGCAAGCGUACUAUCGGCAGUGGUUACAGGGUUUCUUGACGGACUCGGCACUGCAGGCCAACUACGGUGCUCAUUGGCUGGGGAUCUUUGGGACAUGGCAACGGGAGGGAUUCCAGCAAGUGGCGAAUGAACUCAACAUGUACGUGGAGUGGAACGCCUUGGGGUUGGGGCCUUCAGAACCGGAUGCAGCUGAUUAUCGGCGAGGGUCUGAUGGUGGAGAAGGGAUGUAA